GUUAUGUUUUGUGAGGUAAAAGUGUAAUUGUAAACCACGUAAAGAAGAUAUUACAUAGCAUACCCUUUCGGUGGCUUCAAUUAUUCUCUCACUCUCUUUAUUCUUCUUUUUGUCACUGAUAAGUUGCAACAAUGGAAUCAGUUGUUGCUCUUUUGCUUCACCUUUCAAAUCUGCAAUUCAUCAAAAGCUGCAAUUUCUGACUUCUUUUCCCUUCUUUUCCUUUGUGUUUUUGACUCACAAUCCAUGGCAUUUAAUGCUUUCCUUGGCUGCUGGUACCCGUACCUCCUUUUUUCAAACUUCUAACCCGCCCGUGAGACUAAAUAUCAGAUGGUGGUUGGUUCUUUGGGAACCAUUCGCGUCUGUUCUGUUCGCUGUCAAUGGCUAUUGAUGUGUGUUCGGAGAUUUCUAGUGCAGGAAUCAGCCCUCGGAUCUCCUUCUCGCACGAUCUCAAUCAAACAUCUGAUGCUGCAUCCGCUGAGCGAAGAUUAGACUUGUCGCUCUUGGAUUCUGAUUUCGAUUUCUGCAUUGGUGGUACUAAUUUUGUUCAAGAAUUGUCUUCCGCUGACGAGCUCUUCUCGAAUGGCAAGAUCCUUCCGAUCGAAAUCAAGAAAUCAAAAGAAAUCACUCCGAACCAGCCUGAUCAUUCUACUCCUCUGAUUCCGACUAUAGAGACUACUACUGCAGAGAAGAAAAGACUCAAGGAAUUCUUGUCUGCAAAUCCUGAUGAAGACGAAAGGCCUCAAUCGAAAUCGUUCUGGCAAUUCAACCGAAGCACCAGUCUCAAAUGCGAUAGUACACGCAAUAAAAGCCUGAUUCGGUCUUUAUCGUUUCUCUCGAGAAGCAAUUCGACCGGUUCGGUGCCAAAUCCGAAACAAACCACAGUGUCAAAGGAUUCGCAGAGACCGCAAUUUCAAAGACAAAAGUCUGCUCCGAGUAGAAGGCAAUCAUCAUCAUCGGUGUCCAGUUCUGGUACAUUUUAUUCAUACAAUUCGAAGAAGAAUACAGGAUCUUACAAUGGGAAUGGAAUUAAAAUUAGUCCUGUUCUGAAUCUGCCACCCCCAGACACUUGCAUAGGAACAAUGACUAGUCUUUUUGGGCUUGGUUCACUGUUCUGUAGUGGUAAGGUUAAAAAGAAGAAGAGAUGGAUUUGAAGUUAUUUUAUCUUACUCAAUUAUCAUGUACAGUUGGGUUGAGCUGUCUGUCAUUUUGUUUCUUGAGUUCACAUCAUGUUUCUUGGUUUGGUGAACAAUUUCUGCUUCAAAGGUUAAAGCUA